AUUUGUCCGUGUAAAUCGAGGAUAUAUGGAUUUCCGGCAUGACUGCUGGAAAAAGUAGUGGGGCAAUAAUCGCCUCUCAAUGGAAUGGUCCGGCUUGCUGCGGAGCCCCUGGCGAUAGUCGCGUUUGCCUAUUGAUUAGUCUUUGCGUUUCAAAAUUUCCCUUUACAUUGAUUCCAUUGAGUAUUGCUCCAUAGUGGACCGGCAACUGUGCAUUGUUCGCAACACAUCUUACAUGAACCAGAAACUGAAUACUUAAACGACUUUGGGUCUUCUUAUGGAUCACGUCUUGCAUUUCAAUACACUCAUAUUACCUAGUAUUGGGUCUUUUUACUUGGAUUGCGUUGUUGCGGAUAAGUACGAGAGCCGUGAACAUGUCCGAACAGAACCCGGUACCAGACAAAGCUCCUUAUCAUCCCCCGGCGUUCACCUUGGGCCCGAAUUUAGCACUUUAUGAUGUGCCCUUAGCAUCAUAUCUUCCCUCCAACCUAUGUGCUUCUGGAAUCCCUUACCAAGGCAUUGCAACGGGCUCAGUGGUCAUUGACCCACGUACAACCAAAGUGCUGCUUGUUCAGCGAGCGCCUCACGAUUCGAUGCCACUGCGUUGGGAAACACCAGGCGGUGCCGUGGAUCCUGAAGAUGAAAGUAUUAUACACGGUGCUGUACGUGAGCUGUACGAAGAGGCUGGACUCGUAGCCACAAGAGUCUGCGAGGUUGUCGGUGGCGUUCGAGUGUUUUUCACCAGGAGAGGCCAACUCAUGGGCAGGAUCAAUUUUCUUGUAGAGGUGGAUGUGCCGCAGGAUGGAGACAUCGACGUGAAGCUGGACCCUAAUGAACAUGUGCAAUAUGUUUGGGCCAGUGAGGAGGAGGCUAGAGCCAAGAGAGUAGAUGAGGUGGUGUUCGAGUACACAAACAAGGCUCAGGAGCAAACGAUAUACGAGGCAUUUAGGAUAUGGAGAGAGCGGGCUAGUGGCACAAGCGAGACAUUGUAACCAGGCACAAGCAUAAUAUCCAUAUAUACCCAACAGUGCUGUGACGCAGCUUUUCUCAAUA